AUGAAGCCCAGGUUUUCAAAUUGCCGCCAAACUCUUGGCCCAAAGUACUCCCUGACAGAAACCAACAGUAAACUUGACUCCGGAAAAGAUUCCAAUCAGUCGCCUUCCGAACCAGUUCCAAUCCAAUCCCUAAUUUCAGCAUUUGCUGCCAUUCUUCGAAUUCCUUUUCCCUCCAUCUCUGUCCUUUCUUCCCCAAUUCCGGUACCCUCAUCUGCUUUUCCACUUCGCGCCUCCACAGCAACUCUUCUAGCAUCGUUACUAAUCAACCAUAACACUUACAUCUCCCGGCCGUCUCUUCCCGGCAUUGCCUCCGAGGAAGAAAGGCAGUUCCUUUCCGGUGAAGGUCUCUGGACCCAAUUCUCCCCUGGGGCGUACAAAUCCAUAUCCGGCGGGAAAUCGAAUAGGAGAGGAGGCAGCGAAUUGGGCCGCGGCGGCUGGGCCGUCUUCUUCUUCUUCUCGAAUGGUUCCACAAGUUGCUUAUGA